AUGUCUCCUACGCAUAAAUACGGUUGCUGUUCCAGUCGAGCUGCUGCCACUGAGGUACUGAAAUGUUGUGAAUGCAAGAUUCCACACCACUACGGAUGUAUUGAUGGACCUGGGAAAAAACAAUUCAAAGACCUUUCAGCUGACGUUAAAUCAUCGUGGAUCUGUCCGUUGUGCGUGGUCAAGAGACCUAAAUCUGACGUUUACGAACAUCAUGUGACUCUGCGCAAGAAGGACGCUGUUAUUACUCAUACGAGCUUAAAUGAUUUCCGCUCAAUGAUCCGUGAAGAGGUGUCCACCUUGUUGGAUGAAUUUAGAGCAAACAUUCUCCGCCAGUUCGACCUACAAAGCACUGAAGUAUUGAAUCGUCUGAGUCGUGUUGAUGAUGCUCUGAGUAACUUACAGGUAAAAUAUGAAGAGGUAAAAAAGGAUCUCAGUGACAAAACGAAUAUAAUCACCAUCCUGGAAUCUGAAAACCAAGAUUUAAAAUCCACAAUUAUGGACUUGAGCUCCCGGUUGUCUAGGAUCGACCAGUACUCACGAUCAAGCAACAUAGAAAUACAGUGUAUACCCGAAUUUAAGUCUGAAAACCUGAACUCAACAUUAAAGCAACUUGCUAAUACAAUAAAUUAUAAUUUGAAUGAAGCUGACAUCCAUAUCUGCAAGAGGACAUCCAAGUUAAGCAAGGAGAACAAACGCCCCCGCUCCGUCUUCGUCAAGUUUAGCUGCCCUAGAGUACGCGACGAGUUCCUGGCUGCCACCAUCACGUUCAACAAGAGGGUUACUUCCAAAGCUGACAAGCUCAACUCCAGUCACCUGGGAAUAGCGGGCGAGCGACGUCCUAUCUACGUCUGCGAGCACCUGACACCUGCUAUGAAAAAUGUUCAUGCGGCUGCUAGAGCAAAAGCUAAGGACCUAAAUUAUAAGUUCGUGUGGGUCAAAGGCGGUAAUGUCUAUAUGCGCAAAACAGAAUCUUCAGAAUACAAGUUAAUUAAAUCAGUUGAAUCUUUAUCACUAUUAGAGUGA